UGAGGGGAAGAAGAGCUUUUGAGGAAAAAAAAACUGGCAGGAGCAAGAAGGAGAAAAAAAAUCUCGAAAGUGACAACUAUAACUCCGAACCACCCGUGUGUGUGUAUAUAUAUGUAUAAAAUUACACAGCUUAAUGCUUUGGCAGAAUUAUUGAGGGGCAGACAUGUCAUGCAACUGCGAUAUCGAAAUUGCAGCUCUUCUUCCGCCUGAAUCUGAAUCUGACCCAUCUCACUGUAAUCCUCCGCUACCCACAUCCCAACAUCAAGAACAAUCUCUAUCUCCAAACCAAGUCCCGGAAGUUGCAGAACCAGCGAUCCUGGGAUCAUCGUCGCCACCGCCGGAGCUAGACUUCCCAAUCGAAUGGCCCCCCGACGGGAAGCUCAGCCUGGAGUGGGUCCAGAACCUCAUGUCCGUCUUCGAUUGGUCUUCAAGAAAUCUAACACCAACCCAAUUCCCGGAGGUUCUUCCCGUCCGGGUUUUCGAUUCCUUGGUUCUUUGCGCCUCCAAGAUUCUCCACAAAGAACCCAAUUGCGUCAAGAUCGACGACUGCGGCCCUGACUCCACCGUCGUCGUCGUCGGAGACGUCCACGGCCAGUUGCACGACGUUCUUUUUCUUCUGAAGGAUGCUGGGUACCCUUCGGAGAAUCGAGUCUUCGUCUUCAAUGGGGACUAUGUCGACAGAGGAGCUUGGGGUCUUGAGACUUUCUUGAUUUUACUGGCUUGGAAAGUGUUGAUGCCGAAAAGCGUUUAUCUUUUGAGAGGUAACCAUGAAUCCAAGUACUGUACUUCUGUUUAUGGGUUUGAGAAGGAAGUGCUAGUCAAGUAUAGAGAUGACGAUGAUGGUAAAGAUAAAGUAGGUAAACACGUGUAUAGAAAAUGCCUGGGAUGCUUUGAAGGGCUUCCUCUUGCGUCCAUUAUAAAUGGCCAUGUAUAUACUGCUCAUGGAGGGCUGUUUAGGAGCAUUGCAGUGACACCAGCUAAGAGGGGAAAGGGAAAGAAGAAUCGAAAGAUUGUUUUGAAUUCGGAGACUAGUACUUUGGUUCUGGGGUCUUUAGAUGAGUUGUCUAAGGCUCGGAGAUCGGUUCUUGAUCCUCCGUGGGAAGGUUUGAACUUGAUCCCGGGUGAUGUGCUGUGGUCGGAUCCCUCCAUGAAACCUGGUCUUGCUCCCAAUAAAGUGAGAGGCAUUGGUCUGAUUUGGGGUCCUGAUUGCACUGAGGACUUUCUUAAGAAAUUUCAGCUCAAGUUGAUUAUCAGAUCGCACGAAGGACCUGAUGCGCGUGAAAAGAGGCCAGGUCUUGGAGGCAUGGAUCAAGGGUACACCAUAGAUCACAUCGUGGAGUCAGGGAAGCUCAUUACUUUAUUUAGUGCUCCAGAUUACCCACAAUUUCAGGGUACUGAGGAGAGGUAUAGAAAUAAAGGGGCUUACAUCGUUCUGGAACCCCCUAAUUUUGAUCAUCCUGUAUUUCAUAGUUUUGAAGCAAUUACUCCAAGACCACAGGUAAAAGCAUAUUAUGAUUAUGAAGAAGCAAUUGAUUCUGAUGAAGAGUUGGACAUGGCAUCAAUGGCAACUAGCCCGUGAAGGUCCAUCAUCAGUCGGUGUUCAUCGCAAAUUUUACAUUUUCUUGAUUUUAUUGUGAUCAUAUCUUUCUUUGUGAGAAAUUCUGGAUCUAAGAAAUACAAAUAGUUGCUCAUAUGCGAAUACUAUUUUUGUUAGUGCAACACAAUUCUUGUAAGUACUCUUGCUGUCUUCAAUUCUUUAGUACAUAAUUCUUUA